AAAUGAAAACCUAUCAGCUCCUUCAUUCCAUUUUCCAGUCUCCAAAUGCAGCCAUUGCCUACCCAUACAUUUACUCAUUAGCAUCUGCCAUAGUGGACAACCUGCAGGAAAUCAACAAGAGGAUGCCUGAAGACACCAGUGAGCUGCAGGUCCUUCAGGAGGGCAUAAAAGUCUUGGAGGCUUUGGUCACCGUCGCUGAAGAACAGCAUCAAGGCUGUUACUGGCUGAGCACAGUGUCUGCCCUUAAAAGCCCCAGUCCCUCAAGAGUCUGGGGCAACAGGAUUUCUUGAGGCUAA